CCCGACACACACACAGUCCGUGGGGGAGAGAACUCAAUUGUAAACAGUUGCAAUGUGACGUGCGGAGGAAUACUAGAGUUUAGACGGGAAUGCAGCACCUUUCCAAAUAACACAGAAAUAAAUCAUGGAACUUACACGUCUCAUUGUGAUCUUGGCCCAGUGCGUAUGGCCCUUGUGGACUCAAGUCAUCCACCUCACGGACAUGUAUGGCACAAUCAAGUCUCCAAACUUUCCUGAGUCCUAUCCGAAAGAGGUAGAGCUUCAGUGGAAUAUAACUAUGCCGGAUGGAUAUCAAAUCCGACUCUAUUUUAUGCACUUUGACAUAGAGCCGUCAUACCUAUGUGAGUACGACUACUUGAAGGUAUACUCAGAGACUGAGGAGCUGGCUGUGUUUUGUGGAAAAGAGAGUACAGACACAGAACAGGUCCCAGCUGAUGGUGUCAUCGUGUCCCCUAGAAACAUGCUCAGUGUUGCGUUCCGUUCGGAUUUUUCCAAUGAGGAACGCUACUCUGGAUUUGAGGCUCACUUUAGUGCGGUUGACGUAGAUGAAUGCAGAGACAGAAAUGAUGAAGAUGUUGUCUGUGAUCAUUUCUGUCAUAACUACAUUGGUGGCUUCUACUGUUCCUGUCGUUACGGGUUCCUGCUUCAUUCUGACAACAGAACUUGCAAAGUGGAGUGUAAUGAAAGCGUGUACACAGAGCGCUCUGGAGAGAUCACCAGUGCUGAUUUCCCUAAACCAUACCCCAAGAGCUCUGACUGCAUGUACCGCAUUGAGCUGGAGGAGGGUUUUCAAAUCACUCUUCAGUUUGAUGACACCUUUGACAUCGAAGACCACCCUGAAGCCACAUGCCCCUACGACUUUGUCAAAAUUAAUGCAGGAGACAAGGAGUUAGGCCCAUUUUGUGGUGAGCAGUCACCAGGGAAGAUCCAGACAGGAAGUAACAUCGUCAAAAUCCAGUUUCACAGUGACAACUCUGGAGAGAAUCUCGGCUGGAAACUCACUUACACCUCCACCGGUUCUGAAUGCUCUCCUCUUGCUGCGCCUCUUAAUGGACACCUGGAGCCUCUGCUGUCUAAUUACAUCUUCAAAGAUCACAUUACACUGACCUGUGACCCUGGAUACUCGCUGAGACAGGGUGAUAAAGAAUUUGAGCAUUAUCAGAUUGAGUGUCAGAUGGAUGGGAAAUGGAGCAGUGACGUCCCGCUGUGCAAAAUGGUUGACUGUGGUCCAGUAGAUGUAGUUCUGGGUGAAGUGGUUUUUGAAAGUUCUGGAAACACUACUGUAUUUGGAUCCAGAAUCCAGUACAGCUGCAGAGACUCUCCCCAUGUCAACAACACUUACACCUGUCGUCAGAGUGGGAAAUGGGAGAGUGAGGACGGGACGCCACUGCCCACCUGUCUACCAGAAGAUUUCGAAAGAACCUCGAGUACCAAUCCUGAAUCUCAACGUCCCACUCCACUAGCAAGCACUCCUCUCGUAUGUGGUGAACAAUCACAGCUCUUCCCAGCCUUGCAAAAGCGAAUCGUUGGAGGGAGAACAGCAUCUCCUGGUCUGUUCCCCUGGCAGGUUCUCCUCUCAGUAGAGGAUGUGUCCCGUGUCCCUGAGGACCGCUGGUUUGGCAGCGGCGCUCUCCUCUCCCCCACCUGGGUUCUCACAGCCGCUCACGUGCUCAGAUCUCACCGCCGUGAUCUUUCCGUCGUCCCUGUUGCUUCUGAACACAUCCGAGUGCACUUAGGCCUCACAGACACACGGGAUAAGCACCUGGCCACCAAUCGGUCUGUAGUCAAAGUCAUCCUCCAUCCUCACUUUGAUCCUCAAAACUAUAACAACGACAUUGCUCUGGUUAAACUCAGCCAGGAGGUGGUGCUGUCUCCGUUAAUACAGCCCGUCUGUCUGCCAAGACCUGGUGUAGAAGGUCAUGCCCUGAUGCCUCUGCCCAACACAUUGGGCAUAGUAGCCGGUUGGGGCAUCAACACGGCCAAUGCUUCUGCCUCCACCAGUGGCCUGACCUCAGAUUCCAGCUCCGUCUCCGAGCUGCUCCAGUAUGUGAAACUCCCAGUUGUGCCGCAGGACGAAUGUGAAGCUAGUUAUGCGUCCCGCUCCGUAAACUACAACAUCACCAGUAAUAUGUUCUGCGCUGGCUUCUACGAGGGCGGACAGGAUACUUGUUUGGGAGACAGUGGAGGAGCGUUUGUCACCCAGGACACCCGCAGUAGGAGAUGGGUGGCACAAGGACUGGUGUCCUGGGGUGGACCAGAGGAAUGUGGCAGUCAGAGGGUGUAUGGGGUGUACACUCGGGUGGCAAACUAUGUUCACUGGCUACACAGGCACAUGGAUGUAGCCCGCUGGUGGUGAGAGAGUUGAAAAAGUGCAGUGGAGCUGGAAGUCUCUCCAUAUAUUCUUAUUUUGUCACUAUUAUAAUUUUCCACAAACUAACUUAACGUGAGGCAAGAAGUACACCCAGAAGUGUCACAUUCACUUCUUUUUUAUGGACAUUUUAUAUUUUAUUUGUCUGUUUUUUAAGGCUUUGGCUAGCAGUCUGGGGAUUUAUUUGUAGUACAGAUGGUAUGAAUUUGCGCCGGCCGCUUGAAUCAACUAGAAAGAACUAUAUUUUAAUAUUCAUCAAGACAAUAGCAUUGUACUCACCUCAUAUUUGGCCCUGUGCUUGGAUCCUUCAUCAUUUUUCAUCAUCUGCUGUUGUUUAAAACUUACACUAAACAGUCUUAAAAUCUUAUCGCAUUACACUGCCGUUCAAAAGUUUGGGGUCAGUAAGAGUUCUAAGAUUUUUUUUUUUUAAACAAAUUAUUACUUUUAUUCAGCAAGGAUGCAUCAAAUUGAUCAAAAGUGACAGUAAAGACAUUUAUAAUGUCACAAAAGAUUUCUAUUUCCAGUAAAUUACUUUCUUUCUUACUUUCAGAGAAUCUUGAAAAAAAUAAUCACUGCUUCCACAAAAAUAUUCAAGAGCCAAUGUCAAGAUUGAUAAUAACAAUAAAUGUUUUUUGAGCUUCAGUCCGCAUAUUAUAAUGAUUUAUGAAGGAUCAUGUGACACUGAAGACUGGAGCUGAAAAUUCAGGUUCUCCAUCACAGAAAAAAAUUAAGUUUUAAAAUAUAUUCAAAUAGAAAACAGUUAUUUUAAAUUGUAAUAAUAUUUCACAUUAUUACUGUUUUUACUGUAUUUUUGUAGAAAUAAAUGCAGUCUUGGUGAGCAUAAGAGACUUCUUUCAAAAACAUUAAUAUUUCUUACCAACCCCAAAUAUUUGAACAACACCAUAUAUAUAAUGAUAUAAAUCAUUUAAACCUGAUGAAAUUUGUAGUUUUAUACACCUACAUAAUAUCUUAGUAAUUCUUAGUAAUUUAUAAUGCUAUACUUUAUAAAAAUGCACUCCUAUUAAAAGCCACUAGACGCACUGAUUUUGUUAUACCGUUUUGUUAUACAUUAUAUGUAAUUUGAAUGAAAUAAAUGUUUUAAGAAACC